AGUUUGGCUUCGGCACUGCAGAGGGAGGGGGCGGCCCGGCCCGGCCCAACUCUGCCCCCGGCCGGCCCGACCCCGGCCCCGGCCCCCGGACAAACCCUUAUCUGAUUCCAGCUCCGGGUUUAAGAGUCUUGGCCCUGCCUGUCGCACAGCUCCGCUCGCCGCUCCUGCCCGCCCCGUCUGUUCAUCUGUCCCGCUGCCCCGCGAUUUAUCUGAGCAGCCACUCCACCUUCGAGCCAAGAUGACGUCGGUCGCUAAGGUCUAUUACAGUCAGACGACUCAGACAGAGAGCCGCCCCCUAGUGGCCCCAGGAAUACGCCGGAGGAGGGUCCUCACGAAAGACGGCCGGAGCAAUGUGAGAAUGGAGCACAUUGCUGACAAGCGGUUCCUCUACCUCAAGGAUCUAUGGACGACCUUCAUUGACAUGCAAUGGCGCUACAAGCUUCUGCUCUUCUCUGCAACUUUUGCAGGCACGUGGUUUCUCUUUGGUGUGGUGUGGUAUCUGGUAGCUGUGGCCCAUGGGGACCUGUUGGAGCUGGGACCUCCUGCCAACCACACGCCUUGUGUGGUGCAGGUGCACACGCUCACCGGAGCCUUCCUCUUCUCCCUGGAAUCCCAGACUACCAUCGGCUAUGGCUUCCGCUACAUCAGUGAGGAAUGCCCACUGGCUAUCGUGCUUCUUAUUGCGCAGCUGGUGCUCACCACCAUUCUGGAAAUCUUCAUCACAGGUACCUUCCUUGCAAAGAUUGCCCGGCCUAAGAAGAGGGCCGAGACGAUCCGCUUCAGCCAGCAUGCCGUUGUGGCUUCCCACAACGGGAAGCCUUGCCUUAUGAUCCGGGUUGCCAAUAUGCGUAAGAGUCUCCUCAUCGGAUGCCAGGUGACAGGCAAACUGCUUCAAACGCACCAGACAAAGGAGGGUGAGAAUAUUCGGCUCAACCAGGUCAACGUGACUUUCCAAGUAGACACAGCCUCUGACAGCCCCUUUCUCAUCCUACCCCUGACUUUCUACCAUGUGGUAGACGAGACCAGCCCCUUAAAAGAUCUCCCGCUCCGCAGUGGGGAGGGGGACUUUGAGCUGGUGCUGAUCCUGAGUGGGACGGUGGAGUCCACCAGUGCCACCUGCCAAGUUCGCACUUCCUACCUACCCGAGGAGAUCCUCUGGGGUUACGAGUUCACGCCUGCGAUCUCACUGUCAGCCAGUGGCAAAUACAUAGCUGACUUCAGCCUUUUCGACCAGGUUGUGAAAGUGGCAUCUCCCAGUGGUCUCCGCGAUAGCACCGUACGCUAUGGAGACCCCGAGAAGCUCAAGUUGGAGGAGUCAUUAAGAGAGCAAGCUGAAAAGGAAGGCAGUGCCCUUAGUGUGCGCAUCAGCAACGUCUGAUAUCCUGUUCUCUCCUCCCCAGACCUCUGGCCUUUUCCUCUUCCAGUGCUCUGGGAAAAGGAUACAAUCUGGGUUCGCUGGAGAGGCCCGGAAGCACCCACCCUCUACUUCCCCUUAGCCCAGUGGCCUGUGAGCAGUCGGGGCCUGCUGGAGCCCUUCCUUUUCCUCCCACUGUCCCCUUGUACCUUCCUCUACUACUACACCAAUGUACAUGACUCUUAAGCCAGUUUGGGGGAAGGAGAGGGAAGAUUAGGCUGACAUGGCUUGAAAGGCCGCAGCCAUGCUUGGAGAUUCACAUUCAGAGGACCAUGUGACUGGAUGGAUAGACUCCCCCCCCAAAUGCCCACCACUAGAAAAUUUGAUGGCUUGAGACUGGAGCUUCCUCCUUCUCUCUUCCAUCUAGUAAAGUUCCCUGAGGCAGAACUCUCACAGAGAGUCACUCUAUGGACUCUGCCCUCAGAAGUACUGGGAUCUGAAACCAGUUUUCCCUGGGCUCUCUAUCAAAUCCUGAAGAAAGAAGCCUGAGUUUGUCAUGGUGUUUUAAUUUCAGCUGGUAACUCUUGACAGAGCCUGGACUCUUGGUCACCCCCUAAUUUUCCCUCUCCAGUUCUCAAGUGGAUCUUCUCAGCAAAGCCGGUUCUCUCUCAGCUUCUGUUUCUGUAGAACUGGGGUUGACACGAGAAACACAAGCAGCCACCUUUCCUGCACCCAUCCAGGAUUCUGAGAAAUUCAAUUUUGGAAGUAUUGUCUAAGACUCUGGCCCUGUCCUUCGGGCUGCUCUGUCCUGGAAAGAUGUUUUAGUGUUUCCUGGGAAUAGGAAGACCUUAACCAAUGUUCUCUCUCUCUCUUUUUUUCAUUGGCUGUCCUUGAAUUUACUAUGUAGACUAGGCUGGCCUUGAACUCACAGAUACCUACCUGCCUCCGUCUCCCAUAUACUGGGAUUAAAGGCAUGAACCACUAUGCCAAGCCCCCAAUGUUCUCUUGAAUAAGUCCACUGCACAGACCCCACGAAAAUAUCUAAAGCCAUCCAGAUUACACUGUAACAGUUCCACUGCUUUCUUUUCUCCCACCCCAGACCUUCCCUUAACUCAACCUUUUGAAGUAAGAGAGGGAAACAUGGUCAUUUGCCUUUCUUAACAUCGAUCGAUUAAAACUAGUCACAGGGCACAGAUUCCCCAGGAAAGCUGAACCCACUUCUCAGAUUUCCAGAUUGCUGUACAGAGCCUCUGGGAAUUUGUGAUGUUUUGUUAUGGUUUGGGCUGAGGCAGAACUCUGGCUGACAGCCACUAUUUUGUUCCAUCUCCUGGUGCCCUUCUGAGAAGUGCCAGCUAUUUUAUGAGGCAAUGCUGAGAGGAGAGGAACUUACAUUCUGAUCUCUGCCAUUCUGACACUUGGCAUAAAAUGAUGAAAACCAGCCCCAUCUCAACCUCUUUUCUGCCUACGGGCCAGUUCCAGGCAAAUUACAAAGACAGCUUAAGAUCACACCCAAGCCAUUCCUAGUUCUCUGGUGAGGGUUGUGGCAGGGGUCAUUGGAGGGCAUUUGAAGCACCAGGUCCUGUCCUAGUGAGCUUUGGCUCCACUUGGGUACCCAGGAAACCUCACAAGGUAGUUUGGCAGGAAUGACGUAAGCUGUAAGGUGAACUUGACAGAUAACAAGUGACACAUCUAUACAGAAUGUAUGCCCGGAUCUCUGGGCAAAGCUUUGCAGAGAAACUCAGAAGAUCCCAAGACUAAAUGGAUCUCAACUGUGCACAGUCUUUUUACGUUGGUCUUCCCUUGAACUCAAUUAACUGUAGCCUGAAAACGAAGAGCCUUUGGUCUCUCCUUACUGUAAAGCUCACUGUUAUCCUCCAACUCUCAUCAACAACAAGAACCAGAAGAACCUGAAUGUCUGAAACAAAGAGCAGAAGGCAAGAGCCAGCUUAUGUGCUUUCAAAUACAUUCAACGCUGCACUUACCUGAUGUGUCCAGUGUGCAAGGACCAAGUGUACUGCUGUGUGUGUGUGUGCGUGUGUGUGUGUGUCUUCUUAUCCUGUGGCAAUUUAUCCUCUGUCCUGUUUCUUCUUCACAUUGCUGCUUCCCUCCUGAGGGGAUGACCCUCGUCCCAGAGCCUUGCCAAGGCCCAACUCUCCUCAGACUCUUGGAUAACAAUGUGAGAGCGCAUUUCCUGCCUUAACCCCUUUUGAACUUCCUCUACAAUCCCAGGCUUUGCUCUAAGUUGCACUUUAAAAUCAUUUAAAAUCAUUAACACGUGUCCUGUUAAUUCAGAAUUCAGAACGGCACCUUUCUCCAACAAGCCUUAUGCUCUGCGGAACAACUCCCACACACAACCCUACGUGGUUCUUUAGAUCCCAGCCCGACUCUCUGACCUGAAAUCCUUUCUCAGGAUGUAGGGCGAGCUUUACUAACAGCCACGGCAGAUGAGAAAUGGGUUCCCUGUCUGUACCAGCUAGAGACUUGGAAUGUCAGGAGAGUAACAGGUGCGCCGAUUCUAAGUGGGAUGGGAGAUUUCAGGUGAGCAAAACGACCAGUGGGGAAGAAUCUCCAGAGUGGGGAAAAAAGUGAACGACGAGGCUAAGGGGCCUCGGGAGAUGGAACCCAGAGGCUUACUUAUGACUGACACACAGGAGGUGGGUGGAAACUUGGGAGAUUGAGAUAGGAUAUAUAUGUUUAUCUAAGGAGAAAAACAGAGAUAAUAUAUACAGAGAUAUGUAUAUAGAUGUACGUAUACCCAAAUAUACGGACUGUACAGAAGGAAGUAUUCAGACUUUAACAAAGGGACAAAUAUUUUGUCUUGGUUUGGGGGGAGUAGGAUAGCUGGAUCUUCUGUGUUAUGGUCCGAAGAACAGUGACAGUAGCUGGUGGUUUUAAGUUUGCUUGAUGGAAAAGGGAGGGCUAGACCCUGCCCUUUUCAUAAGUAAAGGAGCAUCCGUUGAGGUUUGAUGAAUUGUGCUGGCAGGAGAAGAGAAAACCUCGGAGGAAAUGGGGCACAGGGAUGCUCCACCCAUGGAGGACUAGGAAAAUCUACCACUCAACCACUCACACUAUCCCUGGCAACAACCUGCCGCUGAACAAGUUCUAAAACAAGCAAGCAAGGGAGCAAGUAAGCGAACGAGCAAGCAAGCAAACAAAAGCAUCCUUUCAUUUUCCUCUCUUCUUCCACCAAGAUGGGAGCUGUAGGUCUAGGCCCCAUCAUUAAAAAUUGAGAAGCUGAAAUUUUAGUAUGGGGGGGGGCAAAUGAAGACACUAGAAUGCAAGCCCUAGGACUGAUGAGCUGUUGAGCUCAAGAUACUCUCAAGGCAGAGGCCCAAGCCUAUAUACAGAAAUCCUAAAGAGGGUACUUCAUCUGUCAUAGUCUCAGCCCUGGCGUGGAGGCAGGUGAAUGCCAUGGCUACAAGGCUCCUUGAUGGAAAUGCAGAAUUCUGCUUCCCUCUUCCCCAAAGGCUGACGCAGUUCUAUGCAAAGCUUCUGAAAUCCCUAAACUGGGCUUCACUUCAUUCUGGCUGCUCCCUACUGUUCCUCCCACUCUCUGAAACCCACACCAGCUAGCAUGACUAUGCAGGGAGUUCCCUGAGGUCAGCAGAAAAAGAAAAGCAGUCAUAAUGUGGCUAUUAGCCAGGGACAUUGCACAUUCUCCAAGGCUUGCUACCACAAACCUUUACCCAUGCUAGCUAACCUAAUUUCUUUGCAAAAUAACACAUUACCUAUGCUGUACAGUUAGCUGGGCUUGCAGGCCCAGUAUUGGCCAGUGCUACUGAAACAGAAGAAUCUAGGGAUGAUUUCUCUACACGCUGCAUUAAAGACUAAACCAGGUCAAAUGUAUUUAGAAAAAAAAGAUGUGUGAGGCAUUUUUGGUUUAUUUUUGUCUGUUCAGAACAAACUACUAAAUAAACCGGAUGCAUCUCUUGUU